AGGUGCUAAAUAAAUACAAUUAUUAUUAUUAUUAUUAUUAUUAUUAUUAAUAGUAAUAACAACAACAACAAUAAUAACAAUAAUAAUAAUAAUAACAACAACAGCAACAAUAAUAAUAAUAACAAUAAUACUACUACUAAUAAUAACAACAACAACAACAAAAUAAUAAUAAUAAUAAUAAUAAUAAUAAUAAUAAUAAUAAUAAUAAUACACCCAAAUGGUUCGAUAAUAUAACUUCAUAAAUAAUUUAAAAAAAAACAAAUAAAUAAAAACAUGAAUAAAUAAUGCAGGAAUCGCUCCCCUUUCUGCCCGGCUCUAACUUUCUCUCGCGCAGUGAUACGCGGUGCCUACGCGGAGGAGUGAGGCGGCCCGCGACACCCUGACGCCAGGCGAAAGCAGAUCCGGUCGGCUCGAGUGAACGCUUCGUGCUCAGGGAGGAGGCGCAGAGGAGAUCAGCUGGAUAUCCGGGUCCUUUAUCGGCACCGUUUCCUGUUCUACUGGUGUUUGUGUGAGGCCUUUCUGACAUUCAGUGUCUGUGGUAUAAAAAAAAAAAAAAAACCCAAGAAAAGACCAGUCAGGACCCGGGACGUUCGGUGUGUUUGUCCCCGCAGGAUGAACGUCACGUCACUGUUUUCCUUCACCAGCCCGGCGGUGAAGCGCCUCCUGGGCUGGAAGCAGGGCGACGAGGAGGAAAAGUGGGCCGAGAAGGCUGUGGACGCGCUCGUCAAGAAGCUGAAGAAGAAGAAGGGCGCCAUGGAGGAGCUGGAACGCGCGCUCAGCUGCCCCGGCCAGCCCAGCAGCUGCGUGACCAUCCCACGCUCGCUGGACGGACGACUGCAGGUGUCACAUCGUAAAGGGUUGCCGCAUGUCAUCUACUGCCGCGUGUGGCGCUGGCCAGACCUGCAGUCGCACCACGAGCUCAAAGCGCUCGAGUGCUGCCAGUUUCCCUUCGGAUCCAAGCAGAAGGACGUGUGCAUCAACCCGUACCACUACAAGAGGGUGGACAGUCCAGUUCUGCCACCGGUUCUGGUGCCUCGGAACAGCGAGUUCAACGCCAAGCUGUCCAUGCUGCCACGCUUCCGCAACCCGCUGCACCAGACGGAGCCGCACAUGCCCCACAACAUUAAAUACCCGGAAUCGUUCACCCAGCAGCCGGGCAACAGCUUACCGUUCGGCCCCAACUCUCCCUCCAACAGCUACCCCGGCUCGCCCAACAGCGGCACGGCAAGCAGCGCCACCUUCCCACACUCACCGGCCAGCUCUGAGCCCAGCAGCCCCUUCCAGAUGCCAGAAACUCCGCCUCCUGCUUAUGUGCCCCCCGAGGAGCCGAUGACGCAGGACUGUCCCCAGCCAAUGGACACCAACCUGCUGGCCCCCAACCUGCCUGUAGAGAUCAACAACCGGACAGAUGUGCAGUCGGUGGCGUACGAAGAACCCAAGCACUGGUGCUCCAUCGUGUACUACGAGCUGAAUAACCGGGUCGGAGAGGCCUUCCAGGCGUCCUCGACCAGCGUCCUGGUGGACGGCUUCACCGACCCGUCCAACAAUCGCAACCGCUUCUGCCUGGGCCUGCUGUCCAACGUCAACCGCAACUCCACCAUCGAGAACACGCGCCGGCACAUCGGGAAAGGCGUUCACUUGUACUACGUAGGAGGCGAGGUGUACGCCGAGUGCCUGAGCGACAGCAGCAUCUUCGUGCAGAGCCGCAACUGCAACUACCACCACGGCUUCCACCCCACCACCGUGUGCAAGAUCCCGAGCGGCUGCAGCCUCAAGAUCUUCAACAACCAGGAGUUCGCCGAGCUGCUCGCCCAGUCCGUCAACCACGGCUUCGAGGCCGUCUACGAGCUCACCAAGAUGUGCACUAUUCGCAUGAGCUUUGUCAAGGGCUGGGGAGCUGAAUAUCAUCGUCAGGACGUAACCAGCACCCCCUGCUGGAUCGAGAUCCACCUCCAUGGACCGCUGCAGUGGCUGGACAAGGUUCUGACGCAGAUGGGUUCUCCUCACAACCCCAUCUCCUCCGUGUCCUAAAAACUCCGUGUCCUGGUUUCCAUGGAGACGUGCGGGUGGCGACGGGAGGGAGCGGGGUUAACGAUGGGGCUAUGGGGCAGGGCAGUUGUAUAUGAUUUGACUGGCAGCGGGCGAAAACUUCAGUCAACGAACAUCUGGAAGAUACUUGAUAACUCUGUGUGACCAAUCGAAUUCACUGAUGAGGCCAUCGUACUCGUUGCAAGUAUCCUCCUUCGGUCUUGUGACAGCAGGCGUUUUCCUAUUUCACAUUUUCUCCUUUCUUUUUUCUUUUUUUUUCUUCUUUUUUUUUGCAAAAUACAUCAGUAUUCCAUUAAAGGGGGGGUGGGGGGGGAUUUGUGUUGGUACAGUAACUAUACAUUAGAGGGGUUAUGCGACACAACUGACCUGCUUAGAGAUAAAAAUGAGUAAACAAUUGUAGACAUUAUGUGUCAGAUGAACUUUCUAGAAAGUGUCUGUGCUGUGUAGAACGGAACGUAUUACAGUUUUUAUGCUCCUUUUUGUUUUUGGAAGAAAAUGUAGCAAAAAUUAGGGGGAAAAAAAUGUAGUCGUGGGGGAGGGGGUGGAGAGGUGGAACGUGAAUAAUCAAAAGUGUUGUAAUGGGAAAACAAUUCGUGGAUUAAACGGCAUGAUUUUAGCAGAGUAGGAGCGCAUAGGCAGACUCGUGCUCUACUUUUAUUGCAUCCGACUGAUUUCAGAUGAUUUUAAAGGUAGUGUAAAAAGUAGAUGUGCUGAUUAUUAGAGGAAAGGCUGUGCAGUCUCUUUUUAUUAUGAUUUGAAUAUUUUAUUUGUAAUUUUUUUGCCAGUGUAAUUUUAACAGAUAAAGAGUCAGACGUAUGAGAGAAGAAGCAAGCAUCGUUUACCUAAUUCCUAAUGGAAAUGUGCCCCUUUAUCCUAAACGUUUAUAAUAACGAACGAAAGACUCCAGGCGUCCGUUCUCACUUAUGAAAAUGAAAUCACGCUAAAGGACAGACAACUCAAUUGUGUUUGUGUUUUGGAGCGAAGUAUUGCUUUUUCAACCCAGUGUUGCUCGAUAUCACUCUCAGGGCCAGAUGCAGUACGUCAGGAGACGCUCGCGAUGUGCCUGAAAUGAACAUGUAUCCGUCACGCAAAUUGCUCUCGGGAACCACGUGCUAAAUGCGUUCAGUGUGAAAUGCAGAUUAAAAUGGAAGUUCGGUCCAUAACAAUACAAGUUCAGCAACAAAGAAUGAAUGAGGAAGCUACUCAGUAAAUAAAUUAAAUAAAGUCUCUCGUGCCAGGAAUGAAUUUCAACCUAGAGCCUGCGCAGUUAAAUUGAUAAGUGGAUGC